GACGUAAACUGCGCAGCGAGAUAUAACGAGUGCCAGUGUGUGGCUCAGAUGCUUUUGUUUACAUUCGCUGGUUGCAGAUAGCUCGUGCACUCGUGUGUAUUAAACUACUGGUAAAUGUUUAAUAUGCGCGUGACUUCCAUAUUUUCUUGUUUAAAAUCGGUUAUUGGGUUAGAAGGUGUUUAUAAACCUUGAUGUUGAUGUUUUUUGUUGGAAUCGUCGCGGCACCGUCCACUUUCCCUUUUAAAUUAGCGCUAUGUAACGACCCAACGUUAGUUUUUUUGUUUGUUUUGAUAAAUAUAUAUUGUUCAGAUCAAACAGAAAGGUUGGGCGUGUGUGUUGUGGUGUCAAAUGCUUAUCGUUUGUUUGCUUGUUAAAAAUAGGUGAAGGUCCAUAUGACUCCAGUAGUAAGUUACAUGACAAAGAAAAGCAUUUAGGCAGAAGCGAUAUGUUUAUUAUAAUGUAUAAUACUGAUCUAAAAUCUAUUGUGUACUGUAUGCUUGAAAAGGUUCAUUAUUCAAAUUAGAGAUCCAGUGAUCCCACAGGAAAAAUACUGUAGGAUACUUUAGUAGCCUAUUUACUAUAGUAAAAUUCCUAGAUUAUGUAGUGUUUUAACCUUGCUAUAGUAAUAUUGCAGUGUACUACAUUGUUUACUACAGUUUACCAAUUCACUAGAGUUAAUACUACAGUAUACUAUAGUUUAAAUUAAGUGUAGUAGUUACUGUAAUGUACCACAAUGUAACACUAUAGUGAGUAUACUACCGUAUUUUUAAUGUGGAAUGUUCCAGGUAACAAUAAUUGUUAGCUGCAUUUUGAUUAGGGUACCAUAAGUGUACCCAUUAGGCCAGUGAUCUCUAACAUGGUGCCCACACAGACUUUUGUGAGCACAUUCUAGCCUAAAUUUUAAUAAUUAUUUACUACAUAUGUUUUAUAUUAUAUUGCUUUUUUGAUUAUUCCAUGUAUGUUAACAUUUGACAAUGAUAAAACAUCAAUAAUUUAAAUAAAAUCAACAAGUAAAAGAAAAAAGUUUUGAGUAGACUAUAUCAAAAAAGUAGCCCUCCAGAUUGUUUUAUCCAUUGUGAUAGCCCUUGCUAACAUAAAGGUUGUAGACACCUGCAUUAGGCCCAUGUAACAUUUAAGCCCACUUUAAACUUUGACGUCAAAUAUAUAAAAAGAGAAAAUCAUAUUUAAUGCUUCUCAUUAUUUUAUGCAAUCCAGUGAUUUGUUACUUUACUGACAUUUUUUUUGCAUGCCGAUUACAUUUGUAAUGUUCGACCCAUUCAUGUGCAUGCCAUCUCGGUAGACCUCACACGAAGACACCCCAAAACUUUGAUGUUUCCUUCAGAAAUAAACACAUUUCUACAAUUGUCAUUCAUUUCUUUGGUCUAUGCAUUGAAGUUAUGUCAAAUAAGAGAUAUAUGUAUUGGUUUUAUGUGAACAAAUAGUACUUUUAUUAACUUGCGCACAAAGCUAACCUCUGAAAGAUAGAUAUAAAAAUAAAGCAUGUGAACUACAAUUACUAAAUGUUUUAUGAAUUAUUUUACAUUCAAUUACAAACAAAUGCAUUAUAAAUUAUUUUGUAGAGCAGAUUUUUAUUCAUAAAUAUAUUUUUUUAAAGAUGGACUUAAAUGCCACUAAACACAUGCAAAGUAUAGCCAACACAAGGUAACCUUGAAUGAAAAAGAAAACAUUUUAAAUGGAGGCACAAUGAAAACAACGAUGAUGCUUAGUCCACAGUAUAUUGUGUGUCUUUGUAAACAUAUCUUCGAUUUGUAAAGAAAAAUAUUGUUAACCAUUUUUCACUGUUGCACCAUUUAAACCCACCUUAUGCGUUUCAAUGAGGAAUCCCUCUUAUUACAAACAGUGAUGAUUUUCUAAGUGAAAGUGUUUAACGAUAACAUAUUUGUGUGCUUUCACCUUACAAGCCUUUUUAACAUACCUUACUAACAUCUUAAUAUUAAUUUACAACUAUAUUUAGAUAGGCCUACAAAUUAGCACCAAUAUAUAAUAGAUGUCCGCUAAUGUGUGUCAUUUGUUAGAAAAAAACUGCACAUUCAAAUUGUAGCAGCAUGUCACUUUUACCCUAAGGGCACAGUUAAAAUUUUUCUAUGCUAGGAAAUGAGUUUGGAGUGGACAGAAAGUUUUUAAAGAAAAUAUUGAAGGCCAAGAAGGCCAAGAAUUGAUGCUCAUCAGGUAUGCAAGACCUGUUGAAUUUUAUUGGUACAGAUGACGGCUGAUGAGUGCUAUUACUAGUAAAAUAAAUAAAAAAAUCCAUGCCACUAAAUAAAUAUUAUGAUGUUUGACUUAUUUUAAAAGCAACACAUUUAUUUUUUGUAAAUCAAUCAUGAUUUGGGCUCACAUGCAGGCUCAAAAGGUGCCAAAAAACAAUUAUGCCCAUGCUUACGCUUAACACACAUUUUCAGAAGCGACAUGUAAACGGCCCUAUUAAAGUUUAUUAAAUAUUAAACCAAGUAAAUAAAAAUCUGUCUGAGGGCUGGAUUAUGUUCUGACAGUAGAUGUGGGCCAAAAGGGACAGCAGUUUGAGACACCUGUUGUAAAAUUUACUCCCAUAACGAAACAGUGCCACCCUAGUGGCAUAAUGCCGCAACUACAGUUACAAAUGGCAAUACACAAUCCAGCCCUUGUUUGUUUUUUUUCAUAAAGACACAUGAUAAAGGCACCUGUCGAGGGCGACCGCCUCCAAAUUCUCUAUGUAGGAAAAACCCUGAGUGUAUAAAAUCCUCUGAGUGGCUUCUUGUUUUUUAUGUUACUUUUUAUUUUUUUACAAUGUGCUCUUUGAUAUCCAAGUUAACCUUCAGUGAGGCAGACAAUGUGCUGCCUUGUCUACUUGCCAAAAUAACAAACAAACAUUAGCUGCUGUACAUGGAGUUUCAGGUUCAAGUUGUUGGAACAGAACAGUGUGCCACUUUUUUAACUUGGCAUUGUCUGUCCUCUAAAAAUAGAGAGUGAAAGAAGAAUAGCUGAAGGCAAAUUUCACUAUAGUGAGUGGAGUGUUAUGUUUGCUGGCAUUUCGGCUCAGAUACCUGACAUGCUGUGACUUAUAAAUGAUUCAAUUGUUUUUAAUAAUUCUCUUCUCACCUGCUAAUCUAUUAUUUAUAUCGAAAUCAAAUAUGAACUUGUAUGUCAUUAAUUAAUUCUGUUGUUAUAUUAAGAAUGUUUCAUGUUUUACAUUUGCAUUUGGUAGACCCUUUUAUCCAAAGUGAAAUGCAAUGCAAUACAAGAUAUACAUUUUAAAUCCGUAUGUGUGUUCCCUGGGUUCAAACCCAUGACCUGUUGCGCUGCAAACACAAUCCUCUACCACUGAGCUAUACUGGACCACAGACUUAAAAACACAUUAGAAUGUAAAUCAAAAAGGGAAAUAGGUCUGCAGUUUGUCUUUUUUUUUAGUUUGUAAUCCAUUUCCAGGCCUACCUUAUCAUACUUUUAAAUGUAUUGUGUAAACUAAAGGUUUUUGUUCUGAAGAAAUGUGAAUAGUGCUUUCACAUGCAAAAUGUAUCUUGAGUGGUUGCUUUGCAGUUGCUUAAGUCUCUGGUGCAGUUUCUCUCAUUGCCAUGCGAAAAGCCUCCACCUUCAAUGUCCUGUUUCCGUAGAUAUGGCUGGGCGCUGUCGACAGUGAUAGGCAAACCUCAGGUCUGUCUAUAGAAGCUCUUCACCUGUCACCAUGGGCGGAGCUGUCAGUGCAGGCGAGGACAACGAUGAGUUGAUUGACAACUUGAAGGAAGCCCACUACAUUCGUUCAGAUCUGGUGGAAAAGGCCUUCCGAGCCAUUGACAGAGCUGAAUAUUAUCUAGAGGAGUGUCGUGACAGUGCUUAUAAAGACCUGGCUUGGAGGCAUGGGAACCUCCACCUGUCUGCUCCGUGUAUCUACUCUGAGGUGAUGGAGGCCUUGGACCUGCAGCCUGGUCUGUCUUUUCUUAACCUUGGCAGUGGGACGGGUUAUCUCAGCACCAUGGUGGGCCUAAUACUGGGUCCGUUUGGCGUAAAUCAUGGUGUUGAACUACAUGCCGAUGUUGUUGAAUACGCGUAUCAGAAACUUGACCACUUCAUCAAAACCAGCGACAGCUUUGACAAGUUCGAGUUCUGCGAGCCCACUUUUGUUGUGGGAAACUGUCUGGAGAUCCCACCAGAGAGCAGACAAUAUGACAGGGUUUACUGUGGUGCCGGGGUCCAAAAGGAGUAUGAGAACUACAUGAAGAACCUGUUAAAGGUUGGCGGGAUCUUAGUUCUGCCCUUGGAGGAGAAGUUAACCAAGAUCACCCGCACAGGUCAGAGCACCUGGGAGACCAAGAAAAUCAUUGCUGUGACCUUCGCCCCAUUGGUUCAGCCCAAGCAGAAUCUCAAUGGCAGACCUAAAAGCGCUGUUUUACCCAUUUUUGAAGUGAGGACAUUGCAGGACCUCUCCCGGAUUGCCAUCCGGCGCACCCUGCGUCAGCCCAUAUCCAUGGGGGAAGGACGUACAAAGAGACGCGUCUCAUUCCCGGGGGCUCGAGCUAUGCACCGCUACGGCCCCCGGUUCGAACGUCGCCGCUUCUGUCGGCGUUUCUACAGGCAGUGCGUCAACUCUGUGGUCCUCCACGACUCCAUGAUUCCCACCGCCAUGGACGACUGCAACUACCCAGGAGGAGUGGAGGAGGAGGAAGAUGAGGUGGAGGAAGAAGAGGAAAGAGGUUGUCGCAGGGUGAGAGAAGACCUGCCCGAGGAGGACGAGGAGGGAGGCAACGAAGAUGAGAAAAGCACAGGCGGGGCGGCCCGUGCCGAGCCUCCUGUUAAUCUUCUGAGAGAGAGGAUUCUGAGACUCCCCUUACCUGAGCCGCUGAAGAUGUAUCUGCUGUAUUAUAGGGAGAAAUGAGACGUGGUGAAAUCGAAUAGGUGCUGUGUAGCGCUAAGGCGAUUAGACACAAAAGAAAAGGCGUUUCUUCUUCUUAAACCUCUCAAACUGUAUUAGCAUGACAAUGAAGUUCCCAUUUAAUGACAUCACGAUACCCCAUCCUUUUGCCACUGGAUUCAAAAUGUACAGAAACGGAACUGAAAAACGCAUCGCCCGUAUAAUUUCAGCGUUCCCCUCUAUUGAGAUGAUCAUGCUUACAGAUGUCCCUUAACACUUCGUCCCUGUGGGAAUUGCAUUGGUUUGUGUGGGAGGUGAGCUUGUUGUGCGAAGCUCUUAUAGAGUAGCAUCACUUUGGGAUGUUGUAUAGAUUGAUAUUAUGGACCAAAGGGUUGAAUAUUUUUUGAUAGCUUUACACAAGACCCUAAAGUUGUUGGCCCUUAAACUGUUUAAUUCUUACCUUCCCACUUCUCUGAAAAGAAUGAACAGCAUCUGCAUGUCUACUGCUGUUCUGCACUCACAGUUUUCAGUAUUUGAGUUUGUGCUUGAGCGUGUCGUAUUACAUAGGCUGAUAUAUCAUUUUUGGGCCCAGUUAUCAAAUGUUGCCAGCCCUCAUAUUGAUACAGAGACAUUGUCAUAUGACAAAAUAACCCUAAUUCUGUUGUAAAGAUCGUAUGGGAUGAAAAUAAUUUUUAGUAAAACUCUAUUUAUUCAUAAGUUACCACAAACUUUUAAUAGAUUUUGUUAGAAACAUAGAGCACUUUAGUCUUUUCACUACAAAUUCAAAAUUAUAAUUUGUUCAUUGCUCAAUCAACGGCCCUGCUCAGGAAUAUUUAGUUAAAAAAAGACCAAAACAUAAAAUGAACUUUAUAUUAUUUGACCAAAAAAUAGCAAAAUAUUUUUUGUACAUCACCAAGCAGAUGAAAAAAGAACGGUUGGAUUUUGAAAUAACAGGAUCUAAUUUCUACAUGAAGUUUUGUUUGCAGGUGCUUCUCUUCAUUUCUCUUUGAUAUUACUAAUGUUUAGGUAGCUCUUUAAUCCAGGAUAUUAUCAUCAUCUGUGAAUUAUUUUGCUGUAAACUGAAGUACAAGCAUAUCUACCAGGUUUUGCUUUAAAGGACUGUGCUUGUAGGUAAUAGACCUUUCAAUAAAGUUUGAAUUUGCACACUGGAAAAA